CCCUCCCCCCCGGUCCCUCCCCCGGACGCUGGGUCCCCCGCGCCGCCCGUGCCGGCGCCCGGGGGAAGCGAGCGGCGGAGGAACCAUGUCCUAUGUCCCUUUCCGAGAUGUGCGAGGAGGACCCCCCCCCUUGGCCCGUGGGCCUUACGCCCCCUCCCCUUACGAACGGCCCCCCUGGAACCCCCGUUUCUGCAUCAUCUCCGGGAAUCAGCUGCUGAUGCUGGAUGAGGAGGAGAUCCAUCCUUUGCUUCUCCGGGAUCGCCGGAGCGAACCGUGUCGGAGCAAACUGCUGCGCCGAACCGUCAGCGUCCCAGUUGAGGGGCGCCCCCACCCCGAACACGAUUACCACGGCGGCCGCUCCCGCAGGAAGAGCGUUCCGGGCGGGAAGCAGCCGAGCAUCAGCAUGGAGGGGCCGGCGCCCCCCCUUCCGGCCCUCGCAAGGCUUCCUGAGCCGCCGCCUCAAGAGCUCCAUCAAGCGCACCAAGAGCCAACCCAAGCUGGACCGGACCAGCAGCUUCCGGCAGAUCCUGCCGCGGUUCCGCAGCGCCGACCACGACAGGUCCCGCGCGGAGGCCCCAGGGCGCGGCUGAUGCAGAGCUUCAAGGAGUCGCACUCGCAUGAGUCCCUCCUGAGUCCCAGCAGCGCGGCCGAAGCGUUGGAGCUCAACUUGGAUGAGGACUCCAUCAUCAAAGCGGUCCACAGCAGUAUUUUGGGCCAAGAGUUCUGCUUCGAGGUGACCACGGCCUCGGGGACCAAGUGCUUCGCUUGUCGCUCGGCUGCCGAGAGGGAUAAAUGGAUCGAGAACCUGCAGAGGGCGGUGAAGCCCAACAAGGACAACAGCCGCCGUGUGGACAACGUCCUGAAGCUGUGGGUGAUCGAAGCGCGCGACCUUCCCCCCAAGAAGCGCUACUACUGCGAGCUGUGCCUGGACGACAUGCUCUACGCCCGCACCACCAGCAAAGCCCGGACCGACAACGUCUUCUGGGGAGAACACUUCGAAUUCAACAACCUCCCGUCCGUCCGCACCAUCCGCCUCCACCUCUACAAGGACACGGAUAAGAAACGGAAGAAAGACAAAAGCAAUUACGUGGGGAUGGUGAGCAUUCCCAUCGCCAGCGUCACCGGAAGGCAUUUUGCCGAGCAGUGGUAUCCUCUGAGUCAACCGAGCGGCAGUAAGAGCAAAGCCGGGUGUCCGGCGCUGCGGGUGAAGAGCCGUUUCCAAACGAUGAGUAUUUUGCCGAUGGAGCUCUACAAGGAAUUUGCGGAAUACGUGACGAAUAAUUAUCGGAUGCUCUGCGCCGUCCUGGAACCCGUCCUGAGCGUCAAAAGCAAAGAGGAGGUGGCGUGCGCGUUGGUGCACAUCCUGCAGAGCACCGGGAAGGCCAAGGACUUCCUGUCGGACAUGGCCAUGACGGAGGUGGAUCGUUUCAUGGAUCGGGAGCACCUGAUCUUCCGGGAAAACACCCUCGCCACGAAAGCCAUAGAGGAGUACCUGAAGCUCAUCGGCCAGAAAUACCUCAAGGACGCCAUCGGUGAGUUCAUCCGAGCGCUGUACGAGUCGGAGGAGAACUGCGAGGUGGACCCCAUGAAGUGCUCGGCCUCCACCUUGGCCGACCACCAAGCCAACCUCCGCAUGUGCUGCGAACUCGCCCUCUGUAAGGUGGUCAACUCCCACUGCGUCUUCCCUCGAGAGCUGAAGGAAGUCUUCGCUUCGUGGCGUCUGCGUUGCGCCGAGAGGGGUCGGGAGGACAUCGCCGACCGCUUGAUCAGCGCUUCGCUCUUCCUGAGGUUCCUGUGUCCGGCGGUGAUGUCUCCGAGUCUGUUUGGGCUGAUGCAGGAGUACCCGGACGAGCAGACGGCGCGAACCCUCACCCUCAUCGCAAAGGUCAUCCAGAACUUGGCCAACUUCACCAAGUUUGGCAGCAAAGAGGAGUACAUGGCCUUCAUGAACGAGUUCCUGGAGCUGGAGUGGACCAGCAUGCAGCAGUUCCUCUACGAGAUCUCCAACUUGGACACCUUGACCAACAGCACCAGCUUUGAGGGCUACAUCGAUCUGGGCCGCGAGCUCUCCACCCUCCACGCUCUCCUCUGGGAGGUCAUGUCCCAACUCAGCAAGGAGGCUCUGCUGAAGCUCGGUCCUCUGCCGCGGCUCCUGACGGACAUCAGCGUAGCGCUGCGCAACCCCCACCUGCAGCGGCAGCCGAGUCAGGGCGAGCGGCUGCCCCCGAAGGGCUUGGUCCUGCGCGGGCCCUCCGCCGACCUCCAGCCCUACCUCGUCCGCGACCUCAACAGCUCUGUGGACCUCCAGUCCUACAUGGUGCGCGGCCUCAACAGCUCCAUGGAGGUUCCCCGGCUGCCGUCGCCACCGCAGGAGAAGGGUCCUCAGGAGGUGCUGGUGCUGAGCCGCCCGCCCUUGGCCCGCUCGUCCCCCGCCUACUGCACCAGCAGCUCCGACCUGACGGAGCCCGAGGGCGGCCGCGGAGCCCUCGGCGUUGGCAAGAGCGUCUCCAUGUUGGACCUCCAAGACGGCCGCGUGGACAGCGUUCCCAGCUUGCCGGCCGAGCUCCUGGCGGCCGGAGGUCCUCCCCCGGGAGGCGCCGGAGGAGGGCUUCGUCCCGGUCGCCUCUCGCAAGGCAGCGCCUCCAGUUUGGCUCCUCCUCGCCUCGGCGUCCCCGAUCCGGGGGGACCUCAACUUCGAGUCCCUUUAUCCUUCCAGAACCCUCUUUUCCACCUGGCGGCCGACGGACCCCUUCGAGGUCCCGAAGGAGGAUCUUCCGGAGGGGUCGGAGAGGUUCCGUUCGCUCCUCCGCUUCACGGUUACAGCAAAAGCGAAGAGUUGACGGCGCCUCCGGCAAAACACAUCACCCACAGCCACAGCUACAGCGAUGAGUUCGCCCGGCCCGGAGGGGACUUCGGAAGGAGGCAAUUAUCCCUUCAGGAUACUUUGGCUCCUCCUCAGAUCACCAUCGGAGCUCCUCCGCCACCGACUCCUCGCGGCGGCCGCGCCGGCAAAGGCGGAAGCGCAGCGGCUCUCGGGGUACCCAGCAAACCGCGUCCGGCCAGUGGGAAUCUGUUGGCGUCUCCCGAACCCACCUACGGACCUCCGCGAUCCCGGCAGCCGUCGUUGGCCAAGGAGGCGUCCGUGGCCGGAAUGAAAGCGCCCGUCACCAAACAGGCGUCGCAGACGCCGUCGACGCUGAACCCGGUGAUGCCGGCGGCGGAGCGGACGGUGGCGUGGGUGUCCAACAUGCCCCACCUCUCGGCCGACAUCGAGAGCUCCCACAUCGAGCGGGAGGAGUACAAGUUGAAGGAGUACUCCAAGUCCAUGGACGAGAGCCGGCUGGACCGGGUGAAGGAGUACGAGGAGGAGAUCCAUUCGUUGAAGGAGCGGCUUCACAUGUCCAACCGUAAACUGGAAGAGUACGAGCGGCGUUUGGUGUCGCAGGAGGAGCAGACGAGUCGCAUCCUCCUCCAGUACCAACACCGCCUGGAGCAGAGCGAGAAGCGCCUGCGGCAGCAGCAGGCCGAGAAGGACUCCCAGAUCAAGAGCAUCAUCGGCAGCCUGGCCCCGCAGGCUGAUGCUGGUGGAGCAGGAGCUGCGCAGGGAUCACUUGGGCGCCCACGACCCAACCGAGGGCCGGCGGCGGCUGCUCGACGCUCAGCUGUCCGUCAGGUAGCGCGAGCCAGCCCGGCCCUUGGCACGGGACCCUCGGCCUCCGGGGACACGCCAGGAGAGGCAGUUUUCCGCCGUGGGUGCAGCAGACCCGGGUGUGAACUGGGUCGGGGGGGUCCCCGCGCGACCCCCUCCUCCGCCCCCGCCACCCCCGAUCACGGCCAACGGCGUCGGCCCCGUUGUUGAGCACUGACCCCCCCGGGGGUCCCCGGGAACCCCCUCCGCCCUCUGCGGCGCCCGGAGACCCCCGAAACCCCCCCCCAGCCC